UUCAGUUUCAGUUCUUCGUCGUUCGCUGCCUGAUUGUAGUUGCCUCCUGCGGCACAGCGGGAUUUGGCCAGGAAUCGAGUCCAAUCGGAACGGAUCGGAUCGCGGUGAAUAAAAACUCGUUUCGCCCCGCGAAAGACACACUUUGCGUGUUCCUGGACUGCGCGCUGCCAUCUGGGACCGCUGCUCUCCCGUAGAACCGCCCUCGCCCUUGUGGCGGAUUUGAAUAGCUGGCGUUGUUGUUUGUUUGUUUGCUGCCUCAACCAUAACAAAGAAGACACGGGCACGGGCACGAGUGCCUCUGAAUGUGAACGCGCUCCGAGCGGACCAAGUGCCCAAAAGUAUCUAACGUGUGCGGCAGUGGAAGCGGGAGCGGGAGCGUGAGCGGAAGCGGGACUGUGAACUAUCUCUUCUGGCAGUGGCCAAAAAGACAUAAUGCUAAUAAACCAAAAACACGUUUUAUGCCGUUCGUGUGUCGCUCUUCUCGGAAAAAACCCUCAUCAUAAUCGAAACACAAAUCCAAAGAGCUGAACUGAGGUGAAGCAACCUACGCUACUCGAGUACUUCCAAUGCAGAUGCCAAUCCUCGGUGUAUUCUAUUAACAGGAGAGUUCAAGAGUCACAAGUAUACGUCACAAGCCAAGCUGAAUCGAGCAUAGGUCAAGUGAGCCCAAUGCUGACGCCAGUCGCCAAUUGCAGCAGCAGCAAGUAAACAGAUUCUCAAAGGAAACCACACGCACCAAGCCAUGAACGAGCUGCAGGCCUCCAGUGUCCCGCUGGUGGACAAGUGCUCCUCCCACGCCGUCAUACUGCCGGCCGCCAAGAGCCCCAACAAGGUGUCUGAUUCAGCGGCCCCAACUGCGCCCAACGCCGUUCUCUUCACGAGCGGCAACAUGUCCCUAUCUACGCUCUCCACCGGCAGCAGCAACCCCAAUCCAAAGCAGGAGCCAGUGCCCCUCCUCAGCCAGCUGAAGCUGACCAACGACCUCAAGAAGAACAGCCAUGGGUCGCAGAACAACCUCUGCAACGGCGGCGUGGGCGGCAACAACCACGCCCUGGCCCCCAAGGUGGCCAACAACAGUGGCGGCAGCCCCAAUGGCCAGAAGAAGGGCACCAUCGCCCUGUCCCAUCUGCCCCAGAGGCCGCCGGUGGACAUCGAGUUCUGUGAUAUAUCCUACUCGGUGGCCGACGGCCACAGGCGGGGCUUCAAGACCAUCCUGAAGAGCGUGUCGGGAAAGUUCCGGAACGGCGAGAUCACGGCCAUCAUGGGACCUUCCGGCGCCGGGAAGAGCACGCUGAUGAAUAUCCUAGCCGGAUACAAGACCUCCCAACUGAGCGGCUCGGUGCUGAUCAACAGCAAGGAGCGGAACCUGCGCCGCUUCCGCAAGCUGUCCUGCUACAUCAUGCAGGACGACGUGCUCAUCGGCAACCUGACCGUGCGGGAGGCCAUGAUGGUGGCCGCCAACCUGAAGCUGGGCAAGAACAUGAUCAGCUACGCCAAGGUGGUGGUGGUCGAGGAGAUCCUCGAGACGAUCGGCCUGAAGGAGUCGGUCAACACGCUGACCUGCAACCUGUCCGGCGGCCAGAGGAAGCGCCUCUCGAUCGCCCUCGAGCUGGUCAACAACCCGCCCGUGAUGUUCUUCGACGAGCCCACCUCCGGCCUGGACAGCUCCACCUGCUUCCAGCUCAUCUCGCUGCUGCGCUCGCUGGCCCGCGGGGGCCGCACCAUAGUCUGCACGAUCCACCAGCCGUCGGCGCGGCUCUUCGAGAAGUUCGACCACCUGUACCUCCUCGCCCAGGGGCAGUGCGUCUACGAGGGCCGGGUGCGCGGCCUGGUGCCGUACCUCUCCUCGCUGGGCUACGAGUGCCCCUCCUACCACAACCCCGCCGACUACGUCCUCGAGGUGGCCUCCGGCGAGUACGGCGAGGCGGUGCCCAAGCUGGUGGAGGCGGUCAAGAGCGGGGCCUGCAAGAAGUACGCGCACAAGGACUACGGGCUCACCCUGGCCCAGAGGGGCUGCCACAACGUAAUCGUGAAGGGGAGCGGCAGCGGGGCGGGCAACGCGGCGGGCAACGCAGCGGCCACCCUCACCCUGGAGGACGAGAAGCCCCCGCUGGCGGAGCUGGAGGAGCGGCAGGCGGAGCCCACCGGCGGCGAGGAGGCGGAGCUGAAGCCGCCGAAGCUGGAGACGCAGCAGUCGCAGAACUCGGACUGCAGCGUGGUCAAUAUGCCCACCGCCGCGGUGGACGACAGCUGCAGCUUCAGCUCCUCGAAGGGCACCCACAACGCGGUGGGCUCGGGGUCGGGGGGCCCCAGCGCCGUCGUGGGCUGCAUGACCUCGCUGCUGGACUCGCACGAGAGCGUGGUGACGCUGCCCAGCAAGACGGGCUUCCCCACCAGCGGCUGGACGCAGUUCUGGAUCCUGCUCAAGCGCUCCUUCCGCACCAUACUGCGCGACAAGAUGCUCACCCACAUGCGGCUCUUCUCGCACGUCAUCGUGGGCGCUAUCAUCGGGAUGAUCUACUACGACGUGGGCAACGAGGCCAGCAAGAUCAUGAGCAACGCCGGCUGCAUCUUCUUCGUGUCCCUGUUCACCACCUUCACGGCCAUGAUGCCCACCAUCCUGACCUUUCCCACUGAGAUGUCGGUGUUCGUGCGGGAGCACCUCAACUACUGGUACUCCCUGAAGGCCUUCUACUUCGCCAAGACCAUAGCGGACAUGCCGUUCCAGAUCGUCUUCUCCAGCGUGUACUGCCUGGUGGUCUACUACCUAACCUCGCAGCCCAUGGAGCUGGAGCGGGUAUCCAUGUUCGUGCUCAUCUGCGUGCUGAACUCGCUGGUGGCCCAGUCGCUGGGCCUGCUGAUCGGGGCGGGGAUGAACAUCGAGACAGGCGUGUUCCUCGGCCCCGUGACCACCAUCCCCACGAUACUGUUCUCCGGGUUCUUCGUGAACUUCGACACCAUUCCGGGCUACCUGCAGUGGGUCACCUACGUGAGUUACGUGCGCUACGGAUUUGAAGGUGCAAUGGUGGCCAUCUACGGAAUGGACCGCGCCAAGAUGCAGUGCAACCAGAUGUACUGCCACUACCGCGUGCCCAAGAAGUUCCUCGAGGAGAUGUCCAUGGACAACGCCCUUUUCUGGGUGGACGCGGUCGCCCUCAUCGGAAUCUUCUUCGCCCUGCGCAUCAUCGCCUACUUCGUGCUGCGAUGGAAACUGCACAUGAUCCGCUAAGCGGAUGGUUCGGGGACUUGUUCAUAGACUAGGCUAUCAUUACUACCAUACGUUAGACCACCUGUAUAUAGAAGGCGCACGGAAGGUUGGGGGAAUGUAGUUUAGGGAGCUAAGGGAGAGUGGGUUCGGUGGGUUCAGUGGGUUCAGGAGGGCAGGAUUGUAGCUAGGCGUAGCCUUACCGCAUUCUUCAAUAUCUCCCGUCGGGCUUUUUACGUUUAUACAGACAGACACACACCCACACACUCGUAAGCACAAGCAUUGUGUCGGUAUCUAGAAGACGAUUCUAAAUAUAUACCCAUGGAUAUAUAUACACAAACAGUAGCUGUUCUGCAUACCAAAACGAAUGAAAUUUACAUAGAUUUAUAUAUGCAUAGGAGGACCCACGUAGAGCACCACUAAUACACACUUUAAUCGAGGUAUAAUUCUUGUGACCAAGCAGAAAAGAGUCUGAACUUAAGUAGGUUGAAAACAUAACAAAUUGGGGCAAGAUUUUCCGAUCGGAAUCCAAAUCGAAGCAGAAUUCAACACACGACUUUCUCCCAACGUUCUUCACUCCGUCCCUAUGUUGUACUAUUAAAUUCAACUUUCUCCAAUUAUUUGGCAACCUUUGCGAACCGAGAGAGAACCAGCGUGCAAUCGAACGGAAGUUGAGGCGAGAGUGGAAAGCGGAAACGGAAACCAUUCCCUUGUGAUAGAAAGCGGUGCAGUCCGGGUUGGAAAACCAUUUCACGGACAGGGAAGUUUGAAAAAGGAUAAGGCCCUGGCCAUCUGGUGAUAUAAAGCAAUUCCUAUUAUUACGAGCACGUGCAGAGGCGGUGAGAAGCAAUCGGAUUUGUGUUAGCUACGCGUAUUUGUGAUUAUUCAUUUUAAUUUAGUACAUGUUUAGUUUAAUUUUCUACGUCUACAUUUAUCAUGCCAAAAUAAAUGCAAUUUUCAUUUUGA